AUGAUUAUAAUGAUGAUGCAUUUGAAUUUCAGUGGGAAGGAUAAUGUGCUCCCCAGCCGAGAUGAAGCUUGGAGGCUUUUGAGCUCAUUGCAGAAUUGCAGAAUGCGAUACUUCAAAGAUAACGGGCAUACCAUAUUAUUGGAGGAUGGCAUUAAUCUACUGACUAUCAUUAAAGGCACUUCUACUUACCGUCGUUCGAGGAAACACGAUUACAUCAUGGAUUUUGUACCUCCCAGCAAAUCGGAGUUCAAGCUGGCGAUCGAGGGAACUGGAUCGUUUGUGAAUUACGUGGGCCCGGUGCUUCUGUCCACUACUGAAGAUGGGAAGAUAGUUCGGGGCCUAUCUGGGGUACCUGAUGAAGGCCCGGUUCUUUUGGUUGGCAAUCACAUGCUUAUGGGCGCGGAGCUCAUUCCACUAGUCGAGGAGUUUCUUCAGGAAAAAAAGAUCGUUGUCCGUGGCAUGGCCCACCCGACAUUGUUCUCGCCUCUUGUUGAAAAUGAAAAUAAAGAGUUCUCGUUUUCCGAUUACAUGAGACUGUACGGUGCAUUGCCAGUCACUUCAAAUAAUCUUUUCAAGCUGUUGAACAUGAAUUCUCACGUGCUGCUUUAUCCUGGUGGCGCUCGUGAGGCUCUGCACUGCAAGGGUGAGGAGUACCAACUGUUUUGGCCUGACCAGCCGGAAUUCGUGAGGAUGGCUGCAAGAUUUGGAGCGACAAUUGUGCCGUUUGGAGUUGUUGGAGAGGAUGACCUAGCAGAGCUAGCUUUGGAUUACGAUGAUCUGAUAAAAAUCCCGGUUUGGGGUGACCGUAUAAGAGAGGAGAACGAGAGGUAUGAGUCGUUGAAGUUCAACGUCAGGUCCGGGAUGAGUGGUGAGGUCGCAAACCAAUCUUUGUAUCUUCCCGUGCUUUUGCCCAAAUUCCCAGGCCGAUUGUACUACCUAUUCGGAAAGCCGAUUCACACUAUGGGACGAACAGAGUUGUUGAAGGAUAGAGAAAAGGCAAUGGAACUCUACUUGCAAACAAAGUCGGAUGUCGAAAAGAUCAUAUCGUAUUUGCUUGAAAAGCGAAAUGAGGACCCUUACAGAGGAAAGAAGAAGCACAGCAAUCCGAGCGCAAAGAAGAAAAGGUGCCCGAAAGCACAGUCUCCGUGGGACUUCUCGUCCUACUCGGAGUCCGUCGCCGAAGAACACUCUCGGCGGAGCACCACUUCAAUCGACUACAAAAUCGACAAAGCUCGCGAGCGGCUUCCCAUCGCCGCCGACGAAGAUAAUGGCUCCAGCGAUUCUGAUUCCGAACCUAACCUCCAGGAGGAAUAUAGGCCGGAAGAGGAGGAUGAUGUGCCGACUACGAGUGGGAAUGAUAAACCUUUCUUUGCAACGGUGGAGGGUGUAACAUAUCAUGCAAAUUCGUUUUUGGAUUUGAAUCUCUCCAGGCCGUUGCUUAGGGCCUGUGAAGCUUUGGGUUACAGUAAGCCCAUUCCCAUUCAGGCUGCUUGCAUACCAUUGGCCUUAACUGGACGCGAUAUUUGUGGGAGUGCUAUCACUGGUUCCGGAAAGACCGCUGCCUUUGCUCUGCCAACAUUGGAGAGGCUUUUUUUCCGGCCAAAGAAUAGGCCAGCUAUAAGGGUCCUAAUACUCACUCCAACGAGGGAGUUGGCUGUUCAGAUUCAUAGUAUGAUUGGCAAACUUGCUCAGUUUAUGACCGAUAUUAGAUGUUGUCUGGUCGUUGGUGGUCUUUCAACAAAGUUUUGUAUUCCUGUUCAAGAAGCAGCCUUGAGAUCACUUCCGGAUAUAGUUGUUGCUACUCCAGGACGCAUGAUAGAUCACUUGCGCAACUCUAUGUCAGUACAUCUAGACGAACUUGCAGUUUUGAUACUUGAUGAAGCUGAUCGGCUUCUUGAGCUUGGAUUCAGUGCAGAAAUUCAUGAGUUGGUCAAGUUGUGUCCUAAAAGGAGGCAGACCAUGCUAUUUUCAGCAACCAUGACAGAGAGAGUUGAUGAACUUAUCAAGCUCUCUCUGGUUAAACCACUCCGCUUAUCAGCUGAUCCGUCAACAAAGCGGCCAUCAGCAUUAACCGAGGAGGUGGUUCGCAUACGCCGAACGCUCGAAGGGAAUCAAGAAGCAGUUCUUCUUUCAUUAUGCUCCAAAACAUUCACAUCUAAAGUGAUUAUUUUCAGUGGAACCAAGAAGGCAGCGCAUAGACUGAAAAUUUUGUUUGGGUUAGCUGGAUUUAAACCAGCUGAGCGUCAUGGAGACCUCAUCCAGGCCCAGCGUCUUGAUGCCUUGGAGCUGUUCAGAAAGCAACAAGUGGAUUUCCUAAUUGCUACGGAUGUUGCUGCUCGUGGUCUUGAUAUUAUAGGAGUUCAGACAGUAAUCAAUUUUGCAUGUCCUCGAGACCUUACGAGUUAUGUACACCGAGUGGGUCGUACUGCCAGAGCAGGCAGAGAAGGUUACGCUGUUACAUUUGUUACUGAUGAUGACCGGUCUCUCUUAAAAGCGAUUGAAGCUCUCGGUAAGAGAAAAGGUUCUGGCAGUGAGGCAAUUAGUGCUGAACAAGCAGAAGAAUUGAAGAUGAAGGAAAAGAGAAAACGAGAGGGUGAGGGAAAACAGAAAAGCAAGGAGGACAAAACAGGAAUUUAUCUUGUUGAUGUGGCUUAUCGCCGAGCGAAGGCAGUGAAGGCCGCCAAAAGGGCUGUUGAGGCUGGCAAUAUCGUGAAGAAAUCCGUCAAGAAACCCAACCAAGUUCGUAAAUCGAGAUCAGAAGAGAUGCAGGAGCUUUUUGAGGGCGAUAUGAAUGAGAAAAGGCAGCAAAGAACUACUACGCGAGGCCGUUGCUUAGGGCCUGUGAAGCUUUGGGUUACAGCUGCUUGCAUACCAUUGGCCUUAACUGGACGCGAUAUUUGUGGGAGUGCUAUCACUGGUUCCGGAAAGACCGCUGCAUUUGCUCUGCCAACAUUGGAGACGCUUUUUUUCCGUCCAAAGAAUAGGCCAGCUAUAAGGGUCCUAAUACUCACUCCAACGAGGGAGUUGGCUGUUCAGAUUCAUAGUAUGAUUGGCAAACUUGCUCAGUUUAUGACCGACAUUAGAUGUUGUCUGGUCGUUGGUGGUCUUUCAACGAAGGUUCAAGAAGCAGCCUUGCGAUCACUUCCGGAUAUAGUUGUUGCUACUCCAGGACGCAUGAUAGAUCACUUGCACAACUCUAUGUCAGUACAUCUAGACGAACUUGCAAUUUUGAUACUUGAUGAAGCUGAUCGGCUUCUUGAGCUUGGAUUCAGUGCAGAAAUUCAUGAGUUGGUCAAGCUGUGUCCUAAAAGGAGGCAGACCAUGCUAUUUUCAGCAACCAUGACAGAGAGAGUUGAUGAACUUAUCAAGCUCUCUCUGGUUAAACCACUCCGCUUAUCAGCUGAUCCGUCAACAAAGCGGCCAUCAGCAUUAACUGAGGAUGGAACCAAGAAGGCAGCACAUAGACUGAAAAUUUUGUUUGGGUUAGCUGGAUUUAGAGCAGCUGAGCUUCAUGGAGACCUCACCCAGGCCCAGCGUCUUGAUGCCUUGGAGCUGUUCAGGAAGCAACAAGUGGAUUUCCUAAUUGCUACGGAUGUUGCUGCUCGUGGUCUUGAUAUUAUAGGAGUUCAGACAGUAAUCAAUUUUGCAUGUCCUCGAGACCUUACGAGUUAUGUACACCGAGUGGGUCGUACUGCCAGAGCAGGCAGAGAAGGUUACGCUGUUACAUUUGUUACUGAUGAUGACCGGUCUCUCUUAAAAGCGAUUGUUAAGAAAGCUGGUUCAAGGCUCAGAAGCCGGAUUGUAGCUGAGCAAUCAGUAAGGAGAUGGUCCCAAAUGAUUGAGCAAAUGGAAGACGAAGUGUCCUCAAUUCUUCUUGAAGAAAGGGAAGAAAUGGCGCUAAGGAAAGCUGAAAUGGAGGCAACAAAGGCAGAGAACAUGAUUGCUCACAAAGAUGAAAUUUAUUCAAGGCCGAAAAGAACUUGGUUUGUUACAGAGAAGGAGAAAAAGCUUGUAGCUAAGGAAGCCAAGGAAGCUCUCGGUAAGAGAAAAGGUUCUGGCUGUGAGGCAAUUAGUGCUGAACAAGCAGAAGAAUUAAAGAUGAAGGAAAAGAGAAAACGAGAGCGUGAGGGAAAACAGAAAAGCAAGGAGGACAAAACAGGAAUUUUUCUUGUUGAUGUGGCUUAUCGCCGAGCGAAGGCAGUGAAGGCCGCCAAAAGGGCUGUUGAGGCCGGCAAAAUCGUGAAGAAAUCCGUCAAGAAACCCAACCAAGUUCGUAAAUCGAGGUCAGAAGAGAUGCAGGAGCUUUUUGAGGGCGAUAUGAAUGAGAAAAGGCAGCAAAGAACUACUACGCGAGGUGGCGGGAAGAGGAAAUCCUCGUUCAAGAGCAAGUCACGGUACAAGCGGCUGGUAGUUCCGACUUCUGAAGUGUCGUCUGCUUGA